CGGUUCCCAUAGAAACUGCCGGACUGACACCACCCCGUCUCCUUGUGGCCCCGCCCCGGGCAGGGACACGUCGCAGGGAAGCGGCAGCAGCGUCCGCGCGCUGUUGGAGCCGCCGCCUGCCAGCAACAUCCGGCGGUUGUAACAGCUGUGGUCUUUGCCGUAGUGUCAGGUGAGGCGGGGGAGGCUGAGUUUGCUGCAUAGUUGCUGCAGGAUCUCCUCCUUUCACUGGAUCUGGGCAGUUUUGGCUUGCUAUGAGAACCUAAGAUGGACCCGGAAGAGCAGGAGCUGUUCAGUGAUUACAGAUACAGAAAUUAUUCUUCUGUGAUCGAAAAAGCUUUGCGGAACUUUGAAUCUUCAAGCGAAUGGGCAGAUCUCAUAUCUUCACUUGGCAAACUCAAUAAGGCUCUUCAAAGUAACCUGAAGUAUUCCCUCUUGCCAAGACGUCUGAUAAUCAGUAAGAGAUUAUCUCAGUGUUUACAUCCAGCUUUGCCUAGUGGAGUGCAUUUAAAAGCACUAGAGACCUAUGAAAUCAUCUUUAAAAUAAUUGGGACAAAAUGGCUUUCCAAAGACUUAUUCCUAUACAGCUCUGGCUUGUUUCCCCUGCUGGCAAAUGCAGCAAUGUCAGUGAGGCCAGUUCUCCUUGGUCUGUAUGAGAAAUAUUUUCUUCCUCUGCAGAAGUCUCUCUUGCCAAGUCUUCAAGCCUUUAUAAUUGGAUUGCUGCCUGGAUUGGAGGAGGGAUCAGAAAUUUACGACAGGACAGAUGCCUUGCUUAUGAAGCUGUCUGUACUAACAGGCCAAGAAGUGUUCUAUGCUGCUCUCUGGGGGAGUGUUCUGGUCAGCCCUUCUAUAAGACUUCCUGCUUCUCUAUUUGUUGUGAGUCAUAUCAACAGAGAAUUGCCUGGAAAACAGCAGAAGUACAUAUUGGGAACUGAUUAUAAGACCACAGUUAAAUCAUUGCGUGCAUCAGUAAUGGAUUCAAAUGUUCUCGUGCAAAGAAACACUUUGGAAGUGCUUCUCUUCUUUUUCCCAUUUUAUACAUCUUUGGACUACAGUGAAAGCGCUAUUCCACUGCUCAGGUCUGAUAUAGUCCAUAUUCUCUCAGCAGCUACCCAGACACUCUUGAGGAGAGACAUGUCACUAAAUAGAAGAUUAUAUGCGUGGUUGCUAGGUUCUGAUAUUAAAGGGGGUACUUUUGCUCCAGAUUCUGCAGCUUUUGAAGAUCAUGCCCUUUAUUUUUUUGGGAAAUACUCCAAAGAUCUUUUAGUUGAGGCUUUGAUUGAAAUAUUACAUCAGAAGUUCUCUGAGUCUGACUUAGAAGAUCAUGCACAUCUGAAACCUUUCCGUAUCCUAAUUAGUCUCCUUGACAAACCUGAAAUAGGGCCACAAGUUGUUGGGGAUUUGUUCCUUGAAGUGAUUCGAGCCUUUUAUUCUUAUUGCAAAGCUGUGCUGGGUUUGGAUCUUAAACUUAGCUACAGUCAAAGUGGCAAUGUACUUACAAGUGCAAUCAAAGAGAAUAGAACUGCCUCCGAAAUUGUUAAAACAGUGAACUUGUUGAUCACAUCCCUAAGUACAGAUUUUCUAUGGGAUUACAUGACCAGAUGUUUCGAGGACUGCUUCAGGAAGAAAUCCAUGCAGACAAGUUAUCUUGCUGAGAAUACCAGCGCUCCUCCUACGAUUUCAGAGCUUUGCACUCUACUGUUGUUCCUUCUUGAUGUGAUUCCUUUGGAACUGUACUCUGAAGUGCAGACUCAGUAUCUCCCACAGAUGCUCAGUUACAUGGUACAGUCCCUUCUGGAGAAUGUGGAGAUUCUAAGUUUACCAGAACUCACUCAUGCUUUAAAAACCUGCUUCAAAGUGCUUAGCAAAGUACAAAUGCCUCCUGCCUACUUGGAUAAUGAGACUGGAAGUGGAAACCUGAGCCCAGUAAAACAAGAAAGUGAUGAUAUAACUUCAGACACCAAGCCUGCACUACAGGAUGAAGAGGACUCUGCCUUUGCUCCCCUCAAGUCUGAAGACAGCGGCAUAGGUCUGAGUGCCUCAUCCCCAGAGCUCUCCGAACACUUAAGAGUACCAAGAGUAACUGCUGAGAAGGAUGACGUUUGGAAAAAUGGCGGGAGUAUUCAGAAGUCUUUGCACUGUAUCCAAGAAUUAGUCGAUAAGUUUGCCAAUAAAUACAUUUUUGGGAUACAUUUACAAGAGCCAGGUAAUGGCAGAAUUUCAAUUGCAAACAUGAGCAGAGGAGAGAAGAAAGAAAAUUACAGAGCUACGGAAAAUGCUAGCAAGAAAAAGAACUCCUGGGAAGGAAAGCAAAUUACGGUACCUCAGUUUAAACAAAUGCUUUCAGAAUUGUUCACAGUUCGAGGGUCACCAUUACAAACCAUGAUUGGUAGUCAAAAGGGAAAAGAAGAAGGAGAAUGGGACAUUGACCAGGUAAUGCUUGACUUGGGGGAUAUGAAAGAAGACUGCAGAGAGGCCUUUGCUGCUGCUUGUCACCUUCUGCUGGAUUGCACUACCUUCCCAGUCUACCUUUCUGAGGAAGAAACAGAGCAACUGUACUUGUCUCUGUUUCAAGUUCCUGGAGGUUGUGAUGCCAGCUUCCCUCUGUGGCUUAAAUCCCUAAUGACGAUAUGUUGCUGUAUAAACGACUGCUAUGUUCAGAAUGUGUCCAUCUCCACGCUGCUUGAAGUGAUCAACCAUUCUCAGUCGCUGGCACUUGUGAUUGAAGACAGAAUGAAGCGAUAUAAAAUCUCUGGACACAACCCCAUCUUUGGGAGACUGCAGAUGGUCACAGUUCCUCCCAUUGCUCCUGGUGUUCUAAAGCUAAUAUCAGAGAAAACCGACUUCUAUCAGAGAGUUGCUCAAGUGCUUUGGAAUCAGCUGAACAAAGAGACAAGGGAGCAUCACAUUACAUGUGUGGAGCUGUUUUAUAGGCUGCACUGCUUGGCUCCAUCAGCUAACAUUUGUGAAGAUAUUAUUUGUCAUUCACUCUUGGAUCAUGAUAAAGGGACAAGGCUGGAGGCACUGUUCAGGUUUUCUGUGAUAUGGCAUUUGACCAGAGAAAUCCAAGGCAGCAGAGUCACUUCCCACAAUCGAUCCUUUGACAGGUCUCUGUUUGUGGUACUGGACAGUCUAAAUUGUUCAGAUGGGGCAAUUGGUGCCACAGCACAGGGCUGGCUGAUUCGUGCUCUCUCGCUUGAUGAUGUUGCACGAAUUCUUGAGCCAGUACUCCUGCUGCUUCUUCAUCCAAAGACUCAGCGUACAUCUAUCCAUUUCAUCAAGCAGAAGAAUACGGCAGAAGACUUACAUCGUUGGCUUAAGAAGAAUGCCUCUUUCAAAGAGCUGUUGGGAACCUCUGAGCUACAUGAAAGCAGUUCUGAAGAAAACAUACCACUGAACCAAUUUACAACUGUGGACAGGGAAGCUCUUUGGGCUGAAGUGGAAACAGAUCCAGAGAACUCUCAGCUGAAAAAGGGACUUUCUGAAAAUGGACCCUCUCACUGUAGGGAACUUUCAGAAGAUAUCGGUGAAGAUCACAAUAACAGUGAACACACAGAAUCUGCAGAUACCAGCACAGGACAAAUUGAUAGUGAAAAUACAUCAUCUUUUUCUCCUUCUCUAGAUCCACAAGAAAUGAGCCAUGAGGAGAAUGGUAGUAGAACUACAAUUGACCAAAGAGAAAACAUGAAUCAAGUUAGUUCAUCUAAUGCUUUCCCUCCUCAUGGCUCCAAAUCCAGUACUGUGUUAAAUCUUGUGCGGACAGAUUCUGAGAGAACUCAAGCAUCAGAAUCGCUGUCAAGUGAUGAGGAGGUGGACUUGGAACUCCAAGCAAUUACAACUUCUAGGCUGCUCAAGCAGCAGAAGGAAAAACAAGAGAUGAUAGAGGCUCUGUUCAAACAUAUUCUCUUGUAUUUUCAGCCUUAUGAUUCCAAGAGGGUUUUGUAUGGAUUUUCUGUAUUGGAGGCAGUGCUGAAAACCAACCCUAAAGAAUUUAUUGAAGCUGUAGCCAGUACUAGCAUGGAUACAAGCUCCACAGCUCAUUUGAAUCUCAUCUAUAAUCUGCUAGCCCGGCACCAGGAAGCUCUUGUGGGACAGAGCUUUUAUGGUAAGCUUCAGACUCAGUCACCAACCAUGUGUCCCCAUUCUUUACUAAUAGAAUUGCUGACUUACCUCUGUUUGAGUUAUCUGCGCUCUUACUAUCCAUGCUACUUGACGGUAACCCACAAAGAUGUGCUCGGCAACAGAGAUGUCCAAGUCAAAAGUGUAGAAGUCUUGAUUAGGAUGAUGACACAGCUGGCCACAAUGGCAAAGUCAGCAGAAAACAAGAAUAUCGAGUUUAUACAGAACUUGCUUGCAAGAUGCAAAAUCCAAGAGUUUGUUCUUCUUUCUUUGUCUGCUUCUAUGUAUACAAGUCAAAAACGGUAUGAAGUGAUGACCACUGAUAAAAUUAACAGUGUCAUCAAAGAGAGCUUCUUUGAAGAAAGCCUUAUCAAUUUUGGCCAAGAUCAGAUAUGGAGUGAACACCCCCUUCAGAUUGAGCUGUUGAAGCUUUUGCAAAUAUUGAUUGUCUUGGAGCACCAUCUUGGACAGACUCACGAGGAACAAGAGAACCAGCCAGACCUAUCUAAGGAAUGGCAACGGGCUCUUAAUUUCCAGCAGGCUAUUAGUGCUUUGCAGUAUGUGCCUCCACACCCAAUAACUUCCCAAGGAUUGUUUGUCUCUGCUGUAAUUAGAGGUUUGCAGCCAGAGUAUGGUUAUGGAAUGCAUUCAUCUUGGGUAGGCUUAGUCACACAUUCUUUGCCAUACUUUGGGAAAUCUUUAGGCUGGACUGUGGCACCAUUUAUCAUACAGAUAUGUAAAAACCUGGAUGAACUCGUUAAACAAUAUGAAAACGAAGCUGUGAAGAUGUCUGUGAGUGUAACUUCUAAAAGGGAGAACAUUACACCAGAUUAUCCUCUGACGCUUUUGGAAGGCUUAACAACCAUUGGUCAUUUUUGCCUUUUGGAUCAUCCUAAUCAAGCCAAAAAGGGGUCACCUACGAUUGACCCUACUAACCUGAAAAAUGCCAGAAAUGCCAUCUUGGAAGAAUUGCCUCGUAUUAUUAACACAAUGGCCCUCCUUUGGAGCGUUAUAAAAAAGGAAGACUCUCAAAAAAGACCAACUGACUUUCUUGGAACAACCAAAGGCUCCUCUUCAGUUUACUUUAAGGCAACCAAAACAAUAAAAAACAAAAUUUUAGAUUUCUUGAAUCCGCUGACAUCACAACUUGGAGUCCAGUUAAUAUCAGCAGUAGCAGCAGUGUGGAACAGCAAAAAAGCUCAUAAGGAUCGAAGUAAAAUAAAGAUCCUUCCAGUGGCCAGCACAUCUCAGCUUAUUCUUGUGGACUUAGUGUGUGCACUUACCACUCUGAAGACUGACAUUAUAUUGCAGCUAGUAAAAGAAGUUGUCAAGAAACCAUUCCAAAUAAAAGGCGAAGAGAAAACUUCUCUAGUGGAUAUCCCAGUACUGAAAUUCAGCUAUGCUUUCAUUCAAAGACUUCCGGCUUCCGCCCUGCAGGAGAACUUUCAGCCAUUGUUAGGAGUGCUGAAGGAAUCUGUGCAACUGAACUUGGCUCCCCCUGGAUAUUUCCUGCUUCUGAGUACUCUGAAUGACUUUGUGACCAGAACUCCUAACCUGGAAAAUAAAAAGGAUCAAAAAGACCUUCAGGAUGUGACCCAAAAAAUCUUGGAAGCCGUGGGGAAUGUCGCUGGUUCCUCCCUGGAACAAACUAGCUGGCUGAGCAGGAACCUGGAAGUGAAAGCCCAGCCUCAGAUAUCUUUAGUUGACACUGGUGCCGAAGAGGAGUUGUAUGAUGCUUCACUAAUGCCAUCUUCAAUGGUGCCUGCCUCUGCUCCCUCCAUAUACAGUGUUCAAGCUCUUGCUCUUCUUGCAGAAGUUCUUGCAUCUCUCCUGGACAUGGUUUACCGUAGCGAUGAAAAAGAGAAAGCUGUGCCAUUAAUCUCACGCCUCCUCUAUUAUGUAUUUCCUUAUCUGCGCAAUCACAGUGCCUACAAUGCCCCUAGCUUCCGGGCUGGUGCUCAAUUGCUCAGCUCCCUCAGUGGAUAUGCCUACACUAAACGAGCCUGGAAAAAAGAAGUUCUGGAUUUGUAUGUGGACCCAGCUUUCUUCCAAAUGGACACUUCCUGCAUUCAUUGGAGAUCCAUUAUAGAUCAUCUUCUAACACAUGAGAAAACUAUGUUUAAAGAUUUGAUGACUAUGCAGAGCAGUUCUUUAAAACUGUUUCCAAGUUUUGAGCAAAAAGCAAUGUUGUUAAAGCGUCAAGCUUUUGCUGUCUUUAGUGGAGAAAUCGAUCAGUAUCACCUUUAUCUUCCACUAAUACAAGAACGACUGACUGAGAACCUCCGUAUUGGACAGACUUCGGUAGUUGCUGCCCAGAUGUUUCUCUUUUUCAGAGUUCUGCUACUAAGAAUUUCUCCUCAGCAUCUAACCUCACUGUGGCCAAUCAUGGUGACUGAACUGAUUCAGACGUUUAUACAGCUGGAAGAAGACUUAGCUGAGGAGGAUGAACCAUCAAAGAGCAACAGCAAAGUAAGCAGACAGAAAGCUUCGAGUGAUGGCAGUGGCCCCUUACUUUCAGACAUACAACAGAAUGAGCUGUCCUUGUAUUUAUCAGCUUGUAAGUUUCUGGACACAGCACUUUCUUUUCCUCCGGAGAAGAUGCAGUUAUUUCAAACGUACAGAUGGGCCUUUGUUCCAGAAGUGGACACAGAGACUUGUACCAUGACCUCUCAUAUAAUGGAGAAUCAUCAGGAAUGUACACCGCAUAUCCUUAGAAUCAUGGACUUGUUAAAGCUGAAAUAUGGGGAAACAAUCGUGAAUGAGAGAACUUCAGAGAAAUGUGAAUACCCUCUUUUGAACCUUCGUUCUAUAGCCAGCAUCACACAGUUAAUACCCUUCUUCAGGACUCUGAGCUGUGCUUUUAAGUCUCAAGGUAACAGAUCUCAAAAUGCACAGAGUUCAGCAUCUCUCUCAGUGGACGGUCCUGUUGGCAACAGUGUAAGGAUCAUGAAACAGCUAGAAGAAAGUGUUCAAUGUGACUUUUUGGAAAAUCUGGAAACUUAAGACAAUUAAAGGACAAUUCAUUUAUGUUGGUAUAAAUAGUGAAACCAAGCUACCAACCUCAUUGUCAGAGAGAUUUAUUAAUGAUUUUUGUAACUUUUUCUAUCACACCCCCGGCUUUGAAAUGGCAGUUCAGCUGCUUUUGGCAUUUCUGGGUUUGUUUGGAGGUUUUUUUUGUUUGUUUUUGAUAUUGGUAUUGGUAUAAAGCACACCUCCCUGAAUCUUGUUUCUUCCUUUGGAUUGAAUUAUGAAGACUUUUGCUCAGCUUCUGUGGAAGAAAAAGAUAACAUAACUUAGUACCAGUGAAAAGUUGUUAUAUUCUUCUUCAUAAUGGAAACCUUUAUAAAAAGCUUUCAGUCCUAUUCAAAUAGAAAUAUUUUGGCUAAUUAAGGCAGGGAACAAAUUUAUGAAUUAAAAAAUUGGAAAACUAAUACUUUUAUCUGACUUAGACAACCUUUCUUCUAAAAGUAAAAAAAACUAAUGUAACUUUCCAAAAACUGCAUGUCCAUGUUCAGCUUGCAUUUAUAGAUGCUUUUAUGAAGCUGUUUAAAUGCUUCUUAUAGAGCUUUUUCCUUAACAAUUGCCCAAACUUAUUUAUCUACUAAACUUCUACAGAAGUAAACUAAAUUACCAACAGGUGUAUUUUAUCAGCUUUAACAUGAUGUAAGUAAUGUGCAGAUCUACUGCAUUUGAAAUCUCAAAUCUGUAUAGUAAUACAUUCUGCAAGGUCAGUGAUUAUUUAAUUUAGAAGACAGACCAUUUAUUGUAGCAUUUACAGUAGCAUUUAUUGUAAUGUCUAUAGCAAAAUUAAAUUAUUCCCAUAAUUCAUAAAUGGUCACUUUUCUAAAAUGAGAACUUUGUUCAGAAAUUAUUCCUUCAUGGACUAAAAUCACCUUACUGCUUUAAAAUGGUGAUUUAAUUAAGGUAGUUCUGUAAAAAUGUAAACUAUUGUAUAUAAGAAUCUUACAGAGCUUGAUGUGUACGUACAUUAGGUCCUUCAUAGAGACAACACUUUCAGAGGUGAUCAAAAGCAAAACCUUUUUUCAAAUUUUGAAGACUCUUUGUACAGGUAAAUAAAUGUUUUUGCAGCUGUAGGUGGUACAAGAGAUAGGAGAAGGUAGUUCAUGGGGUUGUGACAGAGGUUCAGGAGAACCUCUGAAUUCUGGUGGCAAAGCAGUUCAGAUGGAUUUUAGCAGAAAGGAAUUGACUGGCUUGUCCUCCCACCACACGGUAAGGCUAUAAAUGUCUGCACUACCUAAGAUGCAGUGUGUUUGAUCAUAGCUUCAUGGUGACCAUCCUGGCAGUUACCUGCUAGAGGAGGAUUACAAGAUUUGUUUUAAUUGAGAAAGCAAACUUUACUGAAUUUUCAAACUGCCUGUUAAUCCAAUGAAGUGUAAAAUCAUUAAGAACAACAAAUAAGAUAAUAAAUGUAUAUAGAUUGAAUUAUUUUGGGGCAUUUGACAUUUUUCAUGUUUGUCAGAGAAAAGAGCUUUAUUUUUUGUGUUUUAGUGCUGUCAUCUCUAAAGAGACUUGGUUUUGUGCAGUACUAGUGAUCAACUGCUCAACGCUACUAGUGUUAACUGGAAACUUCAAUGCCAAGCUAGACAAGUGAAGAUUUUUUUUUUUUAUUUCAAACAUACUGUUGCACUUUUCUAUGUAAAAAUGUUUCAGUAAAAUGUAAAGGCAUUGGACAAUGCAGACAUACUUUUUUGAGAUUUACAGAGAAACACAGGAGUCUACAUGGAAGUCAACAAAAAUAUCAAAGUAAACUUAAGUUUUUCAUCUAUUUUGGUACAAAAUAAAAUGGUAAAACAUACACAACAUGCUUUAGUGUAAUUGUACUAUACCAUUGACCAAUUAAUAGUUAUUUACUCAUAGUCCUAUGUCAAAUUAAAUAAUUUGUAAACUUUGGUAUAAUUAAGUCAACUAGUAAAAAUAAAAUUAAG